CUCAGGCAAGUUCAUAUAUUUGUGACAUUUACACGAGGUUGAUCACACACAGCAGCACAGACUCAGGACUGGGAGCUAAGCAUGCCUUCAGACAGACUUCCUGGAUGGCUGAAUUCUCUGACCUAUGGGCUUCUGCUUCUCUUCUCUGUUCAGGGCCAGGACUCAUCCAGGCCCAUCAGGAACACACACACUGGACAGGUGCAGGGUAGCCUUGUCCACUUGGAGGAUAUCAACAUGGGAGUCCACACCUUCCUGGGAAUUCCCUUUGCCAAGCCACCUGUAGGACCUCUGCGGUUUGCUCCUCCUGAGCCCCCUGAACCAUGGAGCGGUGUGAGGGAUGGAACUUCUUAUCCUGCCGUGUGUCUACAGAAUAUCACUGUAUUGAGUGCAUUAGCCCAGGCCCCAUUCACAAGCACCCCACCUCUUCUUUCUAUGUCUGAAGACUGCCUGUACCUCAACAUCUACUCACCUGUUCAUGCUUCUGAGGGCUCCAACCUCCCUGUGAUGGUAUGGAUCCAUGGUGGAGGACUGGUUCUGGGAAUGGCUUCUAUGUAUGAUGGAUCAAAGCUAGCGGCCAUUGAGGACAUUGUGGUGGUCACCAUCCAGUACCGCCUGGGUGUCCUGGGUUACUUCAGCACUGGAGACCAGCAUGCCAGAGGCAACUGGGGCUACCUGGACCAAGUGGCUGCCCUACGCUGGGUCCAGCAGAACAUCGCCCACUUUGGAGGCAACCCUGACCAGGUCACAAUUUUUGGCGAGUCAGCAGGUGGCGUGAGUGUGUCUUCACUUGUUGUGUCCCCAUUGUCCAAAGGACUCUUUCACAGAGCCAUUAUGCAGAGUGGAGUGGUCACGAUGCCUGGUCUCGUCUACCAAUCUGCUGAGAUGGUCUACACAAUGGUGGCCAACGUCUCUGGAUGUAAUCAGAUGGACUCAGAAUCCCUUCUGGGCUGUCUGAGAGGCAAGAGUGAAGAGGAGAUUCUGGCUAUCACCAAGGUCUUCAAGAUCAUCCCUGCUGUGGUAGAUGGGGAGUUCUUUCCUAUGCAUCCUGAAGAGCUGUUGCUCUCUGCUGAUUUUCAACCUGUCCCCAGCAUCAUGGGUGUCAACAAUGAUGAGUAUGGCUGGGACGUCCCAACUUACCUGUGCAACAUUGAUACUGGGGAAAAAAUGGACAGAGAGACCAUUCAGGCUGUUCUACAGAGCACACCAACAAAACUGAUGAUGCCUCCUGAUUCUGCUGACAUUCUGGUAGAGGAGUAUUUUGGAGACACUGAAGACCCUGAGAUUCUUCUAGCACAGUUCAAGGAGAUGAUGGAAGACUCCAUAUUUGUGGCCCCUGCCUUGCAAGUAGCACAUGCUCAGAGUCCUCUUGCCCCUGUCUACUUCUACGAGUUCCAGCACUCACCCAGCUUCUUCAAAGAUGUCAGACCAUCUCAUGUGAAGGCUGACCAUGGUGAUGAGGUUUUCUUUGUCUUUGGAUCCUCCUACUGGGGCAGCAAAUUUGACUUUACUGAAGAUGAGAAGCUGCUGAGCAGGAGGAUAAUGAAGUACUGGGCCAACUUUGCAAGAUAUGGGAACCCCAACAGCAUGGACCUGCCCCACUGGCCUGUGUUUAAUCAGGAUGAGCAGUACCUGCAGCUGGACAUCCAGACUAAUGUGGGCUAUGCUCUGAAGGCCAACAGGAUGCAGUUCUGGACCAAGAUUCUGCCCCAGAAGAUCCAGCAGCUGAAGGAUGUUGAGAACAAGCACACAGAGCUGUAGCAUGUUAUGUACCAUAGUGGAGUGCUCUGAGUAGAACUGGAGUCAAACUAAGGUGUCCACACACUCAGAAGAGAGGGGUGACUCCAUCCUUCAUGUGUGCAUGCAUCCCCUCUUCAUGUAUCUGUUCAGCUAACACUUAAAUGUGUCACUGGUACCCUGUUUGUCUGGGUCCUGUCUUGUUUCACAUAUUCAAUAAAUUUCCCCAUGACCGUG